AUACAUAUAUUAAUACAUAUAACAAUAAAAUUCAAGAUACAUUACGCGCCACACAGGAAGAGAAGAAACAUAAUCAAACACCUUAAGACAACACUAACAACAAUCUAAUCACGUACAAGUUUAGUUCGCUUCGAUCCAUCAUCGAUAAUACGAGGUCAAUUGUUUAACUCUUUUAUUUCCUUUAUUUUCUUUUUUGUAAUUUCUAUAAUUUAUUUUUGCAACGUUUUUGUAAUUAUAAUUGCCAUUUAAAGUCACACACACACACACACAACACGCACACUUACACGCACAUCCACACACACACACACGCACACACACACCUUUGAACAAAGCUGUUCAUUGGAAUUCGACGUGUUUUGGCGCUGUAAUGGACCCAAAUCAAGCAAAUAUGCAUUUUGUGGACUCCAUGGGGUAUUUGAGGCAGCUAAAUGAAAAUAUCGUUUUGGAGACUUUCGUAAAUAUUGAUAAAUUGCUGCCCGAUUGGAAGCCACGUUCAUUUGAAAUAAAUGUGGCCGUUUCUAUUAUACGUACCGACUUAUUGCCCUUCAUAUUCGAUUGGCCAUUGAUAAACGAACUGAUGGAGAAGGAGCAGACGAACGGUACCCGUUUGCUUCAAGAAAAGGUGAACGAUCUCGAGCUAUUGUAUAAAUUGUCCAAUUCAAUGCAACGCAUUCAAAUAACCGAAAAACCCGAAAAUAAUUUCCAUGUCAAAAUGUUCAUUUUACCGCCCACUUAUGAAAUGAAAUUACUUGAUAAUGGCACAAUAAUGAUCAAUCGUUUGCCCUCUCUGCUAAUUGAAGUGGUCAGCCAUGAUUUUCGAAUGACCGAUGAUGUCAAGUCGAUGGAAUUGGCAGAUAUCAAUCCAAUUCAAAUUUUUAAAGUCGAGGGGCAGCUUUUGGGAUCUGUUCAGCAUAUGAUUCAAUUGACCGACAAUUCAGAUGAAUAUGAAUAUGAAAGCGAUCAUGAAUACGAAUAUGACUAUGAAUAUGAUAAUGAAGUUGAUGAUAUGCAUUAUCAAAUGGACACAAGUUUAAGUUCGAUAUCAACAGAACUAUUCACCAUCGAGGAAUUAGACGAGGAGAAUGAGGGAGAGGAUGAAGAUGAAGAUAAUGAUAACAAUUUUCAACUAUUUUUCCCAUUGGCAGCACAAUCAAAAUUAUCCCUUAUCCAGCACAGCGAAUAUGAAGACCAUAAUGAAGAUGAGGAUGAUAGGCAGGGUCAUUCAACCAAUCAGCAGACACCGCGAAUGCAUCGUCCUUGCAAUAAUCUUCCCAUAUGGGGUCGCUUAAACUACUGGAUGCGUAAGGCACUACUUCGAUUGAUAAUGAUACGCUAAUUAAAUUAUGAAGUCAAUGCAAAAUUAUCAACCAUGUUGAUCGCAGUGUUCAUAAUCUCAGUAAAAAUAAUAAAAAUCAUAAAUAUUAAA